ACCGUCGUGUUGUUAAUCCACUGAAAACGCCCCCACACGUCUCUCGAACAUGUGUGGUUGAUCUCAGCUACUUCACUUGCUCAGAGGAAAUAACAAUGGAAGCUAAGUUAAAGAAAGAGUUAGGGACAACCGUGCUGAAGUCAACUGGUCACUCAGCAGGUGGAUGCAUCAGCGAGGGACAGAGCUACGACACUGACAAUGGGAGAGUGUUUGUGAAGAUAAACCACAAGAGCGAGGCCAAAUUGAUGUUUGACGGGGAGAUGGCCAGUUUGGAGGCCAUUUUAAAGACAAACACUGUGAAAGUCCCCAGGCCUGUGAGGGUGAUUGAACUUGACAAUGGAGGCUGUGUAUUUGUGAUGGAGCAUAUGGACAUGAGACAUCUUAACAAGUAUACAAAGCACCUGGGAGAGCAGCUCGCUGAUCUGCAUCUUCACAACAAGAGACAGUUAGAAAAACUGAGUAAAGAGCAGCAGACAGUCGGAAAAGGAGCUGGACAGUCAGAGGCAGCUGCGGUUGAGAAAUUUGGCUUUGGUGUAACAACAUGCUGUGGAUAUUUACCACAGAGAAAUGAGUGGCAGGAUGACUGGGUGACAUUUUACGCCCAGCAGAGGCUGCAGCAUCAGCUUAACCUGGUAGAGGAAUCCUAUGGAGACAGGGAGGCCAGAGAACUGUGGGCUAAGCUACAGCUGAAGAUCCCACAGUUUUUCACAGGUGUGGAGAUUGUCCCUGCUCUCCUCCAUGGGGAUUUAUGGAGUGGCAAUGUGGCAGAGUUUGCAGAGGGCCCAGUCAUCUUUGACCCUGCUUCAUUUUAUGGCCAUUCAGAGUAUGAGUUGAGUAUUGCAGGGAUGUUUGGUGGCUUUGACAGAUCUUUUUACUCUGCUUACCAUGAAAAGAUUAUCAAAGCACCAGGGUUUGCAGAGAGAAACCAGCUUUACCAGCUGUUCCACUAUCUGAAUCACUGGAACCACUUUGGUGGAGGAUAUAGAGGCUCCUCAAUAAAGAUAAUGAAGAACUUACUGAAGUAACUGUAGAAUGCACUUCUAAGUAACACUAGUAACAGUUGUAGAAUGCUGCAUGUCUUAAACUUGAGCCAAGUAUCAUAUGUAAUAUAUAUAGAGAGAGUGAGAGAUCAAUGCUAUUUGGACCAAAACUAGGUGAGUCAAGUCAAUUUUAUUUAUAUUACCCAAAAUCAGUGUGUGACUGAUUGCCGAAUAGACCUUACAGGUUGACACUGUAAUAUCUGUUAUAGUGUGUUUAACAUUCAGAAUCAAAUGACAAAAUCAACUAUGCCAGCUUCCUUUCAAAACUUCUCAAAAAUCUGUAUUUUCCAGCAAAAGUCUUAAAUUGAACAAGAAUAUAACUUAGUUCAAUAUUUUUUAUAAUAACUUCCUACAUUCAUUUGUCCGUGUAUCUAUAAUGAAAAUCCUUGAUUGAUGUUGAUGUCACUGUAAUGGAGACUAAUACAGAAGGUAUUCACUGCUUAUCCAUCAAUAAAUGCUGAGCUGAUCAAAA